AUGCUGACCUCAACCUCCCUUUCGCUCUUGCUACUGUCUGUGGCUUCCAUAUCCGUGGCCAAGACGGUCAGCUACAACUGGGAUGUCUCAUGGGUUAGAGCUGCGCCCGAUGGCUUCGCCAGGCCCGUCAUCGGUAUCAAUGGAAAAUGGCCCUGCCCGCCUAUCAUCGUCGACGCCGGAGAUACAGUCGUCGUCAACUUGAACAACCAUCUCGGCAAUGAGACCACCGGUCUUCAUUUCCACGGUAUCGACCAGAUAAACACCGCGGACAUGGACGGACCUAGUGGUGUCACCCAGUGCCCCGUCCCUCCCGGUUCAUCCGUCACUUACAGCUUUGUGGCCGAUUCUCCAGGAACAUAUUGGUAUCAUUCCCAUAACAUGGGCCAAUACCCCGAUGGCCUCCGUGGCCCGUUAAUCGUGCACGAUCCCAACGAUCCAUACAAGGGGCAAUACGACGAGGAAGUGAUUCUUACCAUCUCCGACUGGUAUCAUAGCGAAUCCAUCUUCCUUGUCCGGAACAUGCUACAGCCAAACAACACCAUCUUCCUCCCUCCGUUUCCGGAUACGAUCCUUGUGAACGAGGGGGGAGAUGGCAAGAUCAACUUUGUCAAGGGCAAGAACUACCGCAUCCGCAUCAUCAGCUUCAGUGCUUUCGCAUCGGCCUUCCUCCACUUUGACUCUCACACGAUGCAAGUCAUUAUGAACGAUGGCUCGUAUGUUCAGCAGACGCAGGCAUACCAGCUGCGUAUAUCUCCUGCGCAGCGGUAUGAUGUCCUCAUUUCUGCCAUUGACCGGGACAACCGGAAUUAUCCGUACCUUGUGUCUUUGGAUAUCAACAGGGACUACACGAAGCCGGACCCUGUCUUCCCACAUAAUUUCACCGGUCAACUGGUGAUGGAUCCUAACAAGCCGUUUACCACUGACGUAGUCAGUGUCUGGAGACCGGUUGACGAUGCGCACUUUCAACCCCUUGAUGGAGUGGCAAGGUAUGAGCCAGUGACUACAACCAUCGUGUUAGACUUUGAGUUCUGUUUCGACAAGAACGGCAUUCCUCGCGCCUGCUUCAACGGCAAGCCCUAUAUCCCUCAGAAGGUGCCCACACUCUACACGGCGGCAACCACGGGAGAUUCCAACACCAACCCUGCAGUCUACGGCGACGUGAACCCUUUCGUUGUCUCCUAUGGCGAGGUUGUCCAGAUUGUGGUCAACAACAAGGACCCAGCCAUCCACCCCUUCCACAUGCACGGACACCAAUUCCAGGUCCUGGACAGGCCACACAGCGAUACCGGCAUCUGGCCAGGCCGGGGCUCCGGCAACGCGCAGCCGCCCAGACGCGACGUGGUCCACGUGAUGGCCAACUCGUAUGCCGUGCUCCGGUUCCGGGCCACCAACCCGGGCGUCUUCCUCUUCCACUGCCACAUCGAGUGGCACGUCGAGAUGGGCCUGACCGCGACCAUCAUCGAGGCCCCCGAGAAGCUCCGCGGCCUCGCCUUCCCGGCCGACCACAUCAACAACUGCCAGAUCCAGAGCAUCCCCUUCUCCGGGAACGCCGGGGGCAACACGGCCAACUUCACCAACUUCUCCGGCUUCAACACGGACCCGGACCCGGUUUAUAACGGGUGA